ACGUAAACGAGUUUCGGUGUCGGCCGAGAAUCGGAUUUCGAAUAUUAUUAUUAUGCUGCUGCGAGAACAUCUGCCGCCGAUCAUCGGUCGUCUGUACCACGGUCUCGCUCUCUCGCUCUCUGCCCGGAUCGCUGCCGCUGCUGGAUCUCUGGAUCUCGGCGGCGUGUCUCUCUGUCGCGCCGCGGCCGGGUACCUACAUUGUGUUGCCGCGGAGAGACACGGGCGGGACAUGUGUUGUGCGCGCACACACGCACAAGCGCGCGCGGCCUCUUCGAGAUUGCACCUGGCGGACCCGACCGUAUAGCGCGCGGCAGCAGCUGCUCCGGUGCCCGGGACACCCGGUCGUCGCGAUCCGACGACCGGCCACCCAUCCCGGGACCCGGAAUCAGUUCUCGACCGACGUCCGCGGAAGACCCAUCACCGUCGUCAUGUUUUCGUGCAAGACCCGGUACGCUUGCGGCCGGAGCCAGCAGCAGCACAGCGACAGCGACGAGGACGGCAGCUACGGCUUUGGGACCGUGGGCAACAAGACCCGGGCCGCCGUCACGGCGGUCGGACGCGGCCAGUGUUCGUCGUCGUCGUCGUACUCCGACGAAGGCGACUAUCACAUCUACGGCAACCUGACGUUCGGCUACAAGCCGAUACUGAAGACGAGGCUGUCGAGCGCGGCGAGUUCGGUGCGCCGGCGCGCGCCCGUCAAGCGGACCGUCAGCUUUUCCGGCGUGCACCGGUCGCCGCCGUCACCGCCGUCGCCGAUAAGGCGUCGCAGCAGCUUCCGGCCGCCGCCCCCGUGCUAUUCGGUGGCCGUGCGCAGAGCCUCCAGUUUUUCCACCACCCGGAGGAACGUCGCUCAGAUGAUCGCCCAGAGGCAGCGCAUGCCGUUGCCGGGCGAACACGUCUUCACGCCGCCCUUGCCGCCCGCAAACCAACGAUUGAUCCCGCCGCCCUUGCCGCGACCAAACGAACGCGUUUUCACGUUGCCAGACGAACGACGAGUCAUUGAUAACAGCGAAAUUGUGCCACAGACGAUCCUUCACACUAGCAGGGUCAUCGUCGACGUGCACAAGACGACUGAUCGCUCGGAAACGCCACUGACCGCGAUCGAGCCCACCAGUUUGGACAAGAGCCCGUCCAAGCCGAUCGACAAUGUCAUUUUGAAAGCUCCCAACGCCACGGACAUUGCUGGUCAGCGGAUGGAUUCUUAUAGAUUCUCGAUGGCGAAUUUGGAAGAUACUCAAGACGUAGACUUAGACGCCGUGUUGGGAGAGUUGUGCGCGUUAGAAUCCCAAUACCAGAGCACCAACAGUCUGUUGGAUUCGGAAAAAAUCGAUUACAAUUCAAUAAACAGGAUGCUGUCAAAUUCAAAUCAAACGGGAACAGUGAGGACAGACAGUCCGGACAAUGAUUCCGCGUUUUCCGAUUGCGUAUCGUUGUUGUCGAGCAGCGAGAGUUCAGCUUCGAGCGGCACUACCAAUCACUCUGCAGGAAACAAAGAGUCGUCUAAAGCGGAGAAAAUCCGUCUGGCCCUACAGAAAAUGAAGGAGGCCAGUGUGAAGAAACUGUUCAUCAAAGUGUUCAACGACGACGGUGGAGCGAAAUCGUUGCUGGUCGACGAGGGUAUGCGUUGCAGUUACGUGAUGCGAUUGUUGGCCGACAAACAUCACAUUAAUCUCGGACCGCGCUGGGGGCUCGUCGAACAUCUGCCCGACCUUCACAUGGAACGCGUUUACGAAGAACACGAGCUGCUGGUAGACAAUCUGAUGCUGUGGACCAGAGAUUCCAAGAACCGUUUAUUGUUCGUCGAACGGCCCGAGAGGACGUUGAUAUUCGAAAAUCCGUCGUUGUUCAACACCAGCAAUCAGUCGCUAAACCACGCGACUAGUAACUUCGCACAAGAAUACUUUUGCAACGGUGGACUUCCGAGCGUCGAGGGUCCGCUGUACAUCAAAACGGACUCGAGGAAGGGCUGGAAGAAGUACCACAGCGUGCUCAGGGCUUCGGGGCUGUACUAUUACAAGGACAAGACUUCGCGGUCGCCGAAGGACCUCGUUUGCCUGGCCACGUUCGACGUGAACCAGGUGUACUACGGCGUUGGCUGGCGGAAGAAGUACAAGGCACCGACCGAACACUGUUUCGCGAUCAAACACCCGUGUCUGCAGCAGCCCAAGUCCACCAAAUACAUAAAGUACGUGUGCGCCGAGGACGAGCGGACGCUGCAAAAGUGGAUGUCGGCCAUACGGAUCGUCAAGUACGGACAGCAGCUGCUCGACAACUACGAGUCGGCGCUGGCCGGCGGGGACGGCGGCGACCCGUCGCAAACGUCGUCCAUGUCUCCCGCGCCGCCUUCGUCGUCCGGGACGUCCCUGCGCCGCGACGGUUCGAUGGUACGCGGGACGACAGGACGCGGGUCCGUGGGACUCGAUGAUGACGUCGCCGCCACCGCCGCCGCCAUGAUGUUGGACGACACCGAGAGCGGACUGUCGUCGGACUCUGGAGGUUCGUCGUCCGGUUGCGACGUGGCGUUUGAGUCGGAUUACCCGCCGUGCGGCACCAUCAAGCGGAAGCCGCCCAAACUGCCCCUGACGGCCACCACGCGUCAGCUCACCUGUUCCGUAACGGAGACGUCGGCGGCGACAGCGUUCGCCGCGGCCACUGCGGCCGCCAACCAACAAAAACCCGUCAAAUCGGUCAAGUUCGCCGACCACCACCAGCAGCCGUACCAGCACCACCAGCAACUGCAGUACCAACAGUACCAGCAGCAGCACCACCAACAACAACAGUACCACCAUCACAUGCAGCACCGCCGGACGCCCAGUCUGGAGUCGUUGCCACCCCCGCCCCCUGAACUGUUGGUCGACCACGACGGCGAUGUCGACCACGACGACGACGACGAGUUGAUAAACGCGGUGCCGCCCCCACCGCCCAAACUUCUGUCGCCGCCCAGCACAGCAUUCCUGGCCGACCUGCACCGGGUCGUUUGCAAGAAGUGGCAGGUGGCGCAAAAGUGCAAGCUCGACACGUUGGCCACCCCACAUGAAGUGCUCGGGUUCCGGGAUCCGGCGCACGGGCUCCAAGGGCAGUUCAGCGACAAUGGCACGGCCGGCACCAACAACGCGUACAGCCGUGAGGCCAAUGUCAGCAACUGGGUUGCCGAACAUUACGGGCCCAACAACCUGUACGAGAAUGUAUACCCCAAGCAGCACCCAGGUCCGGCAACUUGUUCCUCGCCACCACCACCACCGCCACCACAACAGCUUACGGCUCAACAUCUCCGGUCCACCAACAAGAUCAACAAGCGACCUCCUCCACCACCGCCCCCGAGGUCCGAGAAGACUCAACUAACAACUGUUGUCUCGUAACGAUGAGCACCAUCAUCCCGUACUCAUUCCGUUCAUUUUUCACAUUCUCUUUUCCGUUUUCUGUCAUGUCUCGCGUAUAUGGCCCGACGCGAUAUUCUUAGUCGUUGCCGUCUACAGAGCCGUUUUGUCGCUUCAUAUACUAUACCUACUCAUACUAUUUAUUUUAUUAAUUAUUUUAUUUUGUACAACCGAAUUGUGUAAUAUUGUUAGUGAUCGUUUUUUAUUCGAUCGGUU